UCUCUCUCUCUCUCUCUCUCUCUAUAUCUCUUUUUCCACCUUGUUUCCUUCCUGCAAUUCCAUCUUUUAGCUUCUAUUUAACUUAUUUUCACCAGGGAAAUCUCAUAAACUUGCUUUCACUUUUGUUCAUCAAGACGUGUUUUAGCUAGCCUGCAAAUUUAUUUUAGAGAUCGCGAGAAGUUAUGGAGUCUUUUUCAUGGAUUAAUACUUCGUUGGAUCUUAAUACUAAGCCUCUGAAAUUAUUCAACGAUGAACUUCACCUGCCGCCGGUGCCGCCCUCGCCAAAGAAGAAAGAGUUGCCAAGCAAUGUUUCUGGGUUGGGAACAAAAAAUCUCUCUGUAAAAGAAGAGACUGGAGCUUUAGUUGAGGAAUUGAACCGGGUGAGUGAAGAAAACAAGAAGUUGACUGAAAUGUUAACAGUGAUGUGUGAGAACUACAAUGUUUUGCGGACCCAAUUGGUUGAUUAUAUGAACAAAAAUCCUGAAAAGGAGAUUAGUUCUUCAAAGAAGAGGAAAUCUGAAAGCAGUAACAACAACAACAGCAACAAUAAUGGAAAUAUUGGAAACUCUGAAAGCAGUUCCACUGAUGAAGAAUCCUGCAAGAAACCAAAAGAAGAAACCAUCAAGCCAAAGAUUUCUAGAGUCCAUUACAGGACUGAUGCCUCCGAUAGGGGCCUUGUCGCGAAAGAUGGAUAUCAAUGGAGAAAAUACGGGCAAAAGGUCACCAGAGAUAACCCAUCUCCCAGAGCUUAUUUCAAAUGCUCUUUCGCUCCAAGCUGCCCUGUAAAAAAGAAGGUUCAGAGAAGUGUUGAAGAUCAAUCUGUAUUGGUGGCAACUUAUGAAGGAGAGCACAAUCAUCCACACCCUUCACAAAUGGACUCGACAUCGGGGUCAAGUCGGGGCGUGAACAUGGCGGCGGGUUCAGUCCCCUGCUCAGCCUCUCAUGGGUCAACCGUCACAUUUGAUCUGGCAAAAUCAAAGUCAAGUAGCAAUGACAGAGUAGUGAAGCCGAGAUUUGAAGCACCAGAAAUGAAGAAGUUUUUGGUGGAGCAGAUGGCGACUUCGUUGACUAAAGACCCCAAUUUCACAACAGCUCUGGCGGCUGCAAUCUCAGGAAGAAUGUUUCAACCUAAUUCAACUGAGAAAUGGUGAAAUUAAAUUAAUGGAAGUCGGUGUAGAUGAGUUGAACUUUAUGCAUUUCAAAGUUAGUUGGUAAUUAGAGUGUUUGGAGAUUCAGAAAAUACUCCGUAAUUUGUAAAUAUAAACAUUGGAAAGAAAAGAAAAUUCCAACAGUCAUUCUUGAAUUGUCAAUCAAUAGAAGUUAGAUUUUAAAUAUUAGUGAUUA